AUGCCAACACUUGGACCUUCUCUGCUCUUCGCAGCAGGUCUCGCCGUUGGAAUCGGAACUGGUAGCUUGAUUCCUCGUCGUCAACGCCCAAGUGACGUCCCGCAACUACCUCCACCUCCGCCAGAGCAAGUGGGUGAUCGAUCCAAAUUACCAAUUCCAACGCCUGCGGGUCCAGCUAUCCUGCAAGGAGGCUUUCCAGGUCCCGUUCCAGAUAUCAUCAAAAGGACAGCAUAUACCGCUGCUUAUGACCGGAAAUUGAGACAUCCAGCAUGGACUGCUGAACAUCUCACUGCGGCGUCGCUAGCCCGCACGCCGCCAAAGAAUGCUCCUGGAGCGAAACCUGUCCCGCUUGAAGACGCUAGAGCGGCGGAUACACUGCCCGCGCCGAAGGCUGAUCGGUCAAAAAGUGUCUUUAUGGAGGAUGAGGGUAUUCCAGAGAUUUUCAGGGCCAAGCUGCAGGAUUACUUGAGAAGUGGAUAUGAUCGUGGACAUAUGGUGCCUGCCGCGGACGCCAAAAUUUCUCAGAAAGCCAUGGAUGAGACUUUCUACCUGUCCAACAUUGCUCCUCAGGUUGGGGAUGGUUUCAACAGGCAUUACUGGGCAUACCUUGAAGACUUUUGUCGACGCCUGACGUCAAAUUUUGAAGAUGUCUACGUCUUCACUGUUCCCCUUUACCUUCCGACUCGACAUCCUGACGGCAAAUACCGAGUCACGUACGAAGUCAUUGGCGAGCCGCCUUCCAUCGCCGUCCCCACACACUUCGCCAAGGUCAUACUUGCGUCCCGUCCCGACUUCUCGUAUCCCCAGAAGCCCUCAUCGUCAGACAAGGCCAUUACAUCCCCCAACACGAUCAAAGAGCUAGCCAUGGGGGCAUUCAUUUUGCCUAACAAGGAGAUCCCUGACGAAACGGAUCUUCGAACUUUUAUAGCACCUGUCCAAGCUGUCGAACGCGCUGCGGGUCUGCAACUGUUCAACGACGAUCUCAAGGGUAAAUCGAGGCAGCUAUGCGCGGUAACUCAAUGUCAAGUCAUUGUCAAACGGUUCGACGAUACACGAAAGCAGAUCAAUGGAGGAGGCAGACGCUAG